UAAAGGAGGAGAAGAGUGAGCAGCUGUCGGCAGACGGAGUGUCAAGGCGCGAUGACGGAGCGGAAGGGAACGGCUAAAGUAGACUUCUUGAAGAAGAUCGAAAAGGAAAUCCAACAGAAAUGGGAGGAUGAGGGAGCGUUUGAGGUUAAUGCUUCAGAUGCUACUAGCCGAAAAAGCAAUGGGAAAUACUUUGCCACCUUUCCGUACCCAUACAUGAAUGGCCGGCUUCACCUAGGACACACAUUUUCUUUAUCUAAGUGUGAGUUUGCAAUUGGAUUCCAGAAGCUAAAAGGAAAAGCUUGCCUCUUCCCUUUUGGGUUGCAUUGUACUGGGAUGCCCAUUAAGGCAUGUGCAGAUAAACUGAAAAGAGAAAUGGAGCUGUAUGGCUGCCCACCAGAAUUCCCCGAUGAAGAAGAAGAAGAGGAGGACGACUCCAAGGAGGAAGAAGUUGUCAUCAAAGACAAGGCUAAAGGCAAAAAGAGUAAGGCUGCUGCCAAAACUGGCUCUUCAAAGUACCAGUGGGGAAUCAUGAAAUCUUUAGGCCUUUCUGAUGAAUAAAUAGUGAAGUUCUCAGAAGCUGAGCAUUGGCUUGAUUAUUUCCCGCCUUUAGCCAUUCAAGAUUUAAAGAGUAUGGGGCUCAAGGUUGAUUGGAGGCGUUCUUUUGUUACCACUGAUGUCAACCCUUAUUAUGAUUCCUUUGUACGAUGGCAGUUUCUCACUC